AUGAAGCUCGAAACGUACCGGUAUCUCGCUUACUUUCUGACUGUUCUUGGCCUUCAUAAUGCUGAUGGAUUCACCAAUCCGGCUGUGAAUAGCUUCAGCAGAAUACAGCAAAGAACAUUAAUUUCUUCUCCUUCGUCCUUCUCCACGUGUUCUUCUUCAUCAUCUUUGAAUGCUUUUGGAAUUCAAACGUUGAAAAGAAUACUGCGCGAAGAUCCACCGCCUAGGAGAGACCUUCUGCAAGAGAGCAUCACAAAAGAACAAGUUCGUAACCUCUUUACUACAUGGAACGAGGCCCUAUUGACUGGGGAUUCGGAAAUCGUGGCCAAGUGCUACUGUGCGGACCCCAUUCUUCUUCCCACCGUUUCCGAUACUCCGAGGACGGACUUUGACGGAAUCAAGAACUACUUUGAUAAGUUCCUAACACUCAAGCCUUGUGGAAAGAUCUUGGACGGAAAGAUCAAGUGUGGUCCUGGAUGGGCACAAGAUGCCGGAAUCUAUGAAUUCACAUUGGGAGCGAAUGGCAGCAAAACACUUCAGGCUCGCUACUCGUUCGUCUAUGUUUUCGAAGAUGGCCAAUGGAAGAUUUCUCACCAUCAUUCGUCCGUCAUGCCCGAGUCGACGCAAAAGAAGACGCAAGCAAAGAUAUUAUCCCAAGAAGAAGUGAAAGGUUUAUUUUACUUGUGGAACGAGGCUCUGGAAACAAGGGACCCUCACACGGUCGCCAAGCGUUACACCCAGAACGCGGUUCUGCUACCAACCGUCUCGGACAUUCCACGCUCGGACUACGAAGGAAUCAAGGAUUAUUUUGCAUACUUUCUCAAGCUCGAACCCAAGGGUGAAAUCCUCGAAUCCCACGUGACCUGCGGUGAAAACUGGUGCGAGGAUGUGGGAAUUUACGAAUUCACCUUGGGAGCCACUGGAGACAAGGUCCGAGCUCGGUAUUCCUUUGUCUAUGUAUUGGACAACGAUGGCGAAUGGAAGAUAUCCCAUCACCAUUCGUCCAAAAUGCCGGAAGCUCCAGGACCUGUAGUCCAUCGGCCAUCGGAAGACCAAGUCCGUUCCUUGUUUGACACAUGGAAUGAAGCUCUCAUUAGCUUGGACCCAGACCAAGUUGCCAAGCUGUACUCCAAGAAUGCAGUUUUGUUACCCACUGUAUCGGAUCGCCCAAGAUAUACCUACGACGCCAUUCGUGAUUACUUUGUUCAGUUUUUGUUCAAGUAUCCAGAAGGCGAAAUUUUGGAAUCGCACGUUACCACUGGCGACAACUGGUGCAAAAAUGUGGGCAUCUACCAGUUCCGAAUGGCAUUGACGGGGGAAGUCGUGAUGGCGAGAUAUUCUUUUGUCUAUGUCUGGGAAGAUGGGGAAUGGAAAAUCUCCCAUCAUCAUUCCUCCUUCAUGCCCGAGCCCAUGUUGGCAGCAACGGCUGCUGCUGCUGCCAUUCGCCUGGAAGAAAUUAAAAUGGAACCAUUGAGUGUCACCAAUCACACCCAAAUGUCACCAUAA